AUGGGGAGAGGAUAUUAUAUCAGCAAACAUGUGGCCACUGCAGCUUUGGUACUGGCAACAAUAGCCUUGGCAACAAUCAUUGCAUUAUCCAUUGUUUACAAUCAAGAAAUGGCCAAAAAUGCAUCAAAAUUCACUGACAUAACCACAUCACCUUCACCGCCCAUUUCAAAUACUUCAAACGAACCCUGGGACAAAUAUAGGCUGCCUGAUACUUUGUCUCCUCUGUAUUACAAUGUGAAUCUUUGGCCCCGUCUGGUGAUGGAUGUCAGUGGAAUGUAUAUUUUCACAGGGAAUUCUGGAGUGAAGUUUACUUGCGUGAAGGAAACAGACUUGAUAUUAAUUCACUCCAACAAGCUGAACUUGACUCUCUUCAAUGGGCACCAUGCAAAGCUAAUGGGUUUUGGAGGCAUAACACCUCCAACCAUAAAAACUACAUGGUUUCAGAUGGAAACACAUUAUUUGGUGGUUCAUCUUGAUGGAAAACUGAAACCUGGAAAGUCCUACUGGCUCUAUACAGAAUUCAGAGGGGAGCUUGCUGAUGAUCUGGAGGGUUUCUACAGGAGUGAAUACAUGGAAGAUGGCACAAAAAAAAUUAUUGCCAUCACUCAGAUGCAGGCCACCUAUGCUAGAAAAGCUUUUCCAUGUUUUGAUGAACCUGGCAUGAAAGCUGUGUUUCAUAUCACUCUCAUUCAUGACCCAGGAUAUAUUGCCCUGUCAAACAGCCAAGAAUUAAAGAAGGAAAAUGUCAUCAUCGAUGGAACUGCUGUUACCAGGACGAUAUUUGAGCCCACAAAGAGGAUGUCAACAUAUCUUGUAGCAUUUGUUGUCAGUGAUUUUACGUACAUCAAUGCUAAAGACAACAAGGGUGUUUUGGUUAGAAUAUGGGCUCGGAAAAAAGCCAUCGAAGAGGGACAAGGAGACUACGCACUCAGUAUCACCCAGUCAAUACUGGAGUUCUUCGAGAAGUACUACAACACGAGCUAUCCACUUUCUAAGUUGGACCAGAUUGCUCUGCUUGACUUCAAAUCUGGUGCCAUGGAAAACUGGGGUCUUGUCACUUACAGAGAGACGGCCCUUCUGUAUGACCCCCAAAUGUCUGCCAAUGGCAACAAACAGAUGAUUGUGACUGUGGUUUCUCACGAGCUGGCUCACAUGUGGUUUGGAAACCUUGUGACGCUGAAAUGGUGGAAUGAUCUCUGGUUGAAUGAAGGGUUCGCUUCGUAUGUGGAAUAUCUGGGCACUGAUCACGCGGAGCCGGCCUGGAACAUUAAAGACCAGAUCAUUCUGUAUGAUCUGAAAAGAUCGUUUGCAGUGGACAGUCUGACCUCCUCUCAUCCCCUUUCUCGUAAGGAAGAAGAGGUCAACACCCCCUCGGAAAUUAGUGAAAUGUUCAGCACCAUAUCCUACAGUAAGGGAGCUGCAGUGCUUAAGAUGCUCUCAGAAUUCUUGACGGAGAAUGUGUUUGCCAAGGGACUGAGUAAUUAUCUGAAGCAGUUUGCUUUUGGAAGCACUGUGUAUUCAGAUCUUUGGGAUCAUAUUCAAAAGGCCGUUGAUCAAACUCCAGGGGUGAAACUACCAUAUAGUGUUCAUGACAUCAUGAACCGCUGGAUUCUUCAGAUGGGUUUCCCUGUUGUCACCAUUGACACUCAAACAGGGAACAUCAGCCAAAAGCACUUUCUGCUCGAGCCAGAGGCAGUGGUGGACAGGAAAUCUGAAUUCAAUUAUGAAUGGUUUGUGCCAAUCACAUGGAUGAAAACAGGUCAAGUUCUGGAUCAACUGUGGCUUCUGAAGAAAUCAGCCAUACACAAACCCAUGAAAGUCAGCAAAAGUGAAUGGGUGCUGGCUAACCUCCAUGUGUCAGGAUUUUUUAGAGUGAAUUAUGACCUUGGGAACUGGGAGCGACUUCUCAUGCAGCUAGAAUCAAACCACCAGGUGAUACCAGUGCUUAACAGAGCUCAAAUUUUGGAUGAUGCAUUUAACCUAGCAAGAGCAUCCAUUAUAAACAUAACGCUCGCCCUGAGAACAACCAAAUAUCUUUUGCAUGAGCGGCAAUACAUUCCAUGGGAGGCAGCCCUGCGGAAUCUCAAUUAUUUUUUCCAAAUGUUUGAUCGCAGUGAAGUUUAUGGUGCCAUGCAGGCUUACCUCAAGAAACAAGUCAAACCUCUGUUUGAGAAUUUUGGUGCUAUUACCUCAAAUUGGACAACAGUACACUCUGGCCACACUGAUCAGUUCACACAGAUCAUUGCACUAUCACUAGCUUGUAGUACUGGCAUGGAGAGAUGCAGAGAUUUAACCAAGAGCUGGUUCAGAAGAUGGAUGCAGAAUCCUCAUAAUGACACGAUCCAUCCCAACCUGAGGUCUACAGUGUACUGUAAUGCUAUUGCUGCAGGCGGCACAGAGGAGUGGAACUUUGGCUGGCAGAUGUUCCAGAAGGCCACAGUUGCAGCUGAAGCUGUGAAACUCAGAUCAGCUCUGGCCUGCACAAAAGUGCCCUGGUUACUCAGCAGGUACCUGGAAUAUACCAUGAACCCAGAAAAGAUCCGAAAGCAAGAUGGCACUUCUACCAUAGGGUACAUUGCUAGUAAUGUUGUUGGCCAGCCGCUAGCAUGGGACUUUGUUCGGGCUAAUUGGGACUAUUUUUUCAAAGUGUACGGCACUGGAUCAUUCACUUUCUCAAGACUGAUUGGUGACAUCACCAACAGAUUUAGCACACCUUUUGAGCUCAGUCAGUUAAAAUGGUUCCAAAAGGACAAUUCUGAGACUAGAUUUGGCUCGGGAACUCAAGCCCUGCAACAGGCCAUUGAGAAGACAACAGCCAAUAUUAAGUGGCUGGCAGAGAACAGGGAACAGGUGCUGCAGUGGUUCAUCUCAGAAUCAGCAUAACAUCAUGUCCAUGAUAAGAGAGUGUGGCAGCAGGGCGAGGUCAAGUGCCUGUCCGG